CCUGGUGUUAUUCCCGUCGCCGCCGAUAGGGCCUCUCUGAGUGACGUCAGUCUCGCGUGCCCAUUCACAGUGUGGUGUUUCCGCUGGCUGUAUGACCCUGCUCUCCCUGAGGCGGUAACUACUACCUGCCGUGUCAAAAGCGCCUGAGGUAGGCCGCAUCACGUCGUUAACUGUGGAAUUGGGAAAGUGACAGGCGAAGAUCAUCUUUGCACAGAGAGAGAUUGCCAUGGAAGUCUGGCACUGACAAAAUUUGUAGCCUAAAGUUAAUUUGAGAUAGAGGAUUCUAAGACUGAAUGAAAAUGAGCCGAUGUCACUUUACUCAUGAAAUUUGUUGAACUUCACAAGUGAAACUCGUUGUUGUAGUGUCCGGUUGAGCCAGUUAACACGUGGAGUCACCCAGCAAGCGACUUCCACUUUGCUGGUAAACUUCUGAUCUGAGCUUAGCUUCAGGUUUAAAACUUCCCGAGACGUGGAAUCUGUUUAAACGAUCAUUAUUUUCCACUGAUGUAACAUGGCCACUAGUGUUGUGAAAAGACUGCAAUCUCUCAAGAAGUUAGCCUUUCAGCUGAAGGACGCUUGUCCCGCAGAAGCACGCUACCUUUUAUGGACAUGUCAGGUGAUAGCAGGUACGAAGGUUAAUCCAGAAGGAGUGUGUAGCCAUUGCUUUGAGUGCCUUCUCCCUGGGAACCAUAGAGUGCGACUGAAAUCCAAAAGAAGAAUUACUGAGAAAAUAAAAAAGCUGCUACGACGUGAAGCAGCCAAUUGGAAACUUAACCUCAAACAAGUGCGACAACUGCAGAAAUAUAGAAACUCUAAAAGCACUUUGCUGGUUACGUGCUAUACCUGUAAAGAAACUUCCAAAUUCUAUGGAGCAAAUAGGAUGUGUCUUCCUGCAAGGCCUCGCAUCCCUAGAAGCUUAAGUAAAACGAAAACAGAUAUGAAGACACUUGAAGCAAAAAUGCCUCAGUCCGUGCAGCAAGAAACCCGUUAUUCCCCGCUUACAAAUAAGUCAAGUUCUAAAAGCAAGUGCCCAGCUACAACUCCACGAACAUCGGUUUCUACUUCAUCGGCCUCAUUGAAAUCAGUUAAAGGGAAGAAGCUGCACUGCUCUCGUCUAAAGAUGCUUUUGAAUUGUGAGCAGAAACAGCAGAACAAUAAAGGGACUCUUCGCGAUUUCCUAACUUCAGUGUAAACUGCAAUUUGUGUUUGUACCUCCUUUGUAACAUUUAAUCUGUGUCCACAAACGUCAGAGCAAGAAAAAAAGGGGAAAAAUUAAUUGCAUGUCAAUUUGCGUAAUCGGUUGGGUGCACAACUGUACACUGUAUAUAGCUUUAUGCAAAUUGAAUUUUGCAAUAUUGCUGUAAGUUUCUCUUUGCUUGUAAAUAAAUUGUCAGAAAUGUUACAAUAAAAAGCAUGUUGCAGCUCUGACAGGUAACAAUGCUUCUGCAAUACUAAAGAUUAAACAGAAGCAUGUAUGCAGCAUGGUUGGUAAGCUAAGCUGCCAUCUGUUUUUCUCUGAAACAUACUGCUACCCCAGACGGAUACGCAUCCAUGAGACUUCUCGAUAUUGAAGUUCAAAUGGGAAUAGCUGCAGGUCGUGAACAAAUAGUUGUCAUAAAUCCUUUUACUGUUAACUGUAACCGCGGGUCAGCUUUCUUACUGCUAAAAUUCCUCUGAAAGGAAUGACGACUUUUACAAACUUAACAUUUUAGGCUUCUGUAAUUGUGUAUAGUGUUUGUGGAGUUAGGCUUUUUGCUAGUUGGCCCUGAAAAGGUCUCAGGCAGAGUCUGUGCUUGUAGGUUGGUGAGAUUGGACUGUCUGCCAAGUCAGUGAUAUUGAACUGGGGAUGGUUGGCGUUAUGCUGCAAGGGGUCAGAACAGAUGGACCGGGGGAAUAAAUUCCUGUUUGUAGAAAAAUAGGAAACUUGCUAAUUAAUAGGUAUUGUGUAAUUAUAUUGAUACUGUCUCCAAGGUUAUAUGUAUACAUUAAUGAAAUACUUAAGCAGACAUCUUGGAAGAUGUAAUUUAUUAAAAUAUUGUUGUGUUUCUGUUUAAACAAAACUUUCUAUCAAAGCAAAAAAUUGUCCUGCUGGAAAAUGAAAUAGUUUUAGUCCAGUACCUAGGCCAGAUACAUUGCAAGUUUAUUCAUUCCCUGUUUUACUGUGUCAGUGAGAUCUUUCCAUUUCUUGCAACAGCUGAAGUGAGUUUGUUAUUGUCGGUAAUGAUUCGUGUGAGACUGUAACAUUGACAAUCAAUUUUCCAUCCAAUCCAUGGCUGCGCAACAACCUGGAACAUCCUAUGGAAACUAAGCAGCAGUCAGUUCCUUCAAGCUGGCACACACGAAUGGCCACGUUAAGGAAACAUUAUAGGGCUCAUACAUGUGUACUCAGCAGCAAAAAAAAAUCAUUGAUUACAAUAAUAGUAAUUUUGCCUAAUUACAUUAAUAAUGACUUGAGAACUAUGGGCUGUUUCAUUCAUCUGUACUAAUUUUGAGCCUAGAUUACAGAACUGAAAAUGCAAUGUGCUCCCUAAUUAUUUGUAAAGCUCUUGGAAGUGUCAGAGAUUGGGUAAUAUAUUUACAAAGGUACAAUCUCUUUUGCCUAAUUUGGCUUGGAAAACUGUUAUAACAUGCAAGAAAAACAGAUUUUGCCUUUUUUAUUUUGGUCAAUAUAUCUUGCUGAACAGUAUUAUAGAUUGGACUGCUAUGCUAUCUUUAAGGUGUGAAAUCUUUUUUGUACAUUGCACUGUAAGAUUCACAUUUGUGCAGCAAGGGUCAAUUGUACCCAUGGAAAAGAUGACCAAAUACUUCCAUUCUGUAAUGUACAAAUAUAUAAUGUCUCAAUAAACAAUUAAGAUGUUGCUCCUUUUUAUACAGUAGUGAGUGAGAAAGAGUUUACGUUAUUAGCAAUGCUGUCUUUUCGAUUGGACUUCAAACUGUAAUUUAUCUGUUAAAUGGAAGUAGAUUUAGUUGUAACUUUAAAAAAUAAAUUGCAUGUAAAGGCAAGGGAGGGGGGGGGAAUAUUUGUAGAACUAUGUUAAAAGGGUAGGUAAUUUGGACUACUCAAAAGCCAUUUCAAAAAAUUGGUGCAAAAGCGUAAUGGAAUAAAAGGUCUUUUCUUUAUGAAAAGAUGGGAGUAGAAUGAUUUGAACAUAGUUCUGCCGUUAUCUUUUGAACUCUGUUUUCUCACACAUCACCUCACACAUUAACUAAACAUAGCUCUGGUUUACCCAUCAGGCGAUCUGGCUGUGUGCUGUAUGGGCUGCCAUGUCAUUUCAUCAAAUAAGAAUUCUAGGCCAUCAUAAAAAGAAUAGGCCAUUCAGCCCUUUGAGCCUGCUCAACCAUGGUUGAUCUUGCUGUGAUUUCAACUCCUUUCCUUUCUGUGCGCCCAUAAUUCUUGGAGUGGACUUGGAGGACCAAAGGCUCUGCUCCUGUGCUGUGUUGUGCUUUCUUUUUUUCUUAACUCUUGAUCUUAUUAAACUGGAUCUACCUCUGCCUUGAAUAAAUACAAUGAUACAAUCUCCAUUGCUUUCUUAGGAAUACAAUUCCACAUGCUAACAGUACUGAAAA